AUGCGGAAAAGACAAGGGUUAGCCUUAGAAAAAUCUGUAUCACAGAAGGUUGCUGCAGCCAUGCCAGUUCGAGCAGCUGAUAAACUGGCUCCUGCUCAGUAUAUCCGAUACACACCGUCUCAACAAGGAGUGGCUUUCAACUCUGGAGCAAAACAGAGGGUUAUUCGGAUGGUGGAAAUGCAGAAAGAUCCAAUGGAGCCUCCAAGGUUCAAGAUUAAUAAGAAAAUACCCCGAGGACCACCUUCUCCUCCUGCACCUGUCAUGCAUUCUCCUAGCCGAAAGAUGACUGUGAAGGAACAACAAGAGUAGAUUCCUCCUUGUAUUUCAAACUGGAAAAAUGCAAAGGGUUAUACAAUUCCAUUAGACAAACGUCUGGCUGCAGAUGGAAGAGGACUGCAGACAGUUCACAUCAAUGAAAAUUUUGCCAAACUGGCUGAAGCCCUCUACAUUGCUGAUCGGAAGGCUCGUGAAGCUGUGGAAAUGCGUGCUCAAGUAGAGAGAAAGAUGGCUCAAAAAGAAAAGGAGAAGCAUGAAGAGAAACUUAGAGAAAUGGCCCAGAAAGCCAGGGAAAGAAGAGCUGGGAUCAAAACCCAUGUGGAAAAAGAGGAUGGGGAGGCACGUGAGAGGGAUGAAAUCCGGCAUGACAGGCGAAAAGAGAGACAGCAUGACCGGAAUCUUUCCAGGGCAGCUCCUGAUAAGAGGUCCAAACUACAGAGAAAUGAAAAUCGAGAUAUCAGUGAGGUGAUUGCUCUUGGUGUGCCCAAUCCUCGGACUUCCAAUGAAGUUCAGUAUGAUCAGAGGCUCUUCAACCAAUCCAAGGGUAUGGACAGUGGUUUUGCAGGUGGAGAAGAUGAAAUUUACAAUGUUUAUGAUCAAGCCUGGAGAGGUGGUAAAGAUAUGGCACAGAAUAUUUACAGGCCCAGUAAAAAUCUGGACAAGGACAUGUAUGGUGAUGACCUAGAAGCCAGAAUAAAGACCAACAGAUUUGUUCCCGAUAAGGAGUUUUCUGGUUCAGACCGUAGGCAAAGAGGUCGGGAAGGACCAGUUCAGUUUGAGGAAGAUCCUUUUGGUUUGGACAAGUUUUUGGAAGAAGCCAAACAGCAUGGUGGCUCUAAAAGACCCUCAGAUAGCAGCCGCCCCAAGGAACAUGAGCAUGAAGGCAAGAAGAGGAGGAAGGAGUAGACAUUUCUCUCUUCAAAGUGAAUGGACUGUUAUCCAUAACCCUAAUGACACAGGUCAUGUGGGGGAACACUUUCUAACUGGCCAGGAUAAAAACCAAAUCUGGGUGUCAGACCCCAGUGCAACUUUUUCUUAUGGGAGAAAGGGAGGGAAUGGAUCAUUCUACUUUGAACUAUUUAGUUUUUUUUAAAGAGUGGGUUGUGUUUGUGCUUCUCCCACCUCUUGGCAUUUAUAGAACAUACUACCCCACACAUGAAAUUAAGACCACUUCCUUUUGUGUGAUCUUAGUAAUUUGGGGUUAAGACUUUGUGUAAGAAUGACUACUUAUGGAUGAAGUUUUCCCAAACACAGUGAGAAGGAUGUUCACAUUGGAACUGUCCUGCCAAGCGAUGUUUUCCCCUACUGUGUUCUGUUUCAGUUUGAAGUGGGGAAGAGUCAGCUCUUGCUUGGUGCAACUAUUUGUUUCAAAUAAAAACAUUUAGACAAAA